UGCAGAUGUAUUGUAGGUCACCGAAUGCGGUGCUUUUGGAUGUGAAAUGGAUGGUGCACAUGAAAAGUUUUUUGGAGAUGUUUAUAGUAUCCUGAGACAAUGGGAAUUCAUAAUCCUUCGUGUUCAGACGCUACUUUUAUGGAAGCGUAUAGUUCCAAGCUUUGUUUUUACUGCACUAGUAAACAUUGUGUUUUUACCAUUUGUGAGGAGCAAACUCAGUGGAUUGUUUCUUUUCUGCUUGGUGUUGUUUUUCAUUCUGUUGUGUAAAUUGUUAAAGCCACUGGUAGCAAAGGCUAAUACUGUUUUCAAUUGUUCAUCUGGCUCAUUCUCGGAACUUGUAUCUCUUUGCCUAAGAAAUGGAAACAUUAUGUCAACUGUUGAACUUAGCCGUUGGAUAUCCAAAGGCAUAUAUGGUGCACUCAUUGUCGUUAAUAAACUUGUACAUCGUCGAAAUCAUCCUCUUUCGUUUUUCAUUAUCUCAAGUACAAUCAGUAUUGGAUGCAUUGUACUCAGUAUGUAUAUAUCUGGUGUAACUUUAGCCUAUAUGGUUCUCAAUAUUUGCUUAACUCUACCAGCACUAAUACAUCAUAAUGUUAUAUCACGAAUAUGGAAUUUAAUAAAACCUAUUUUAAUUCGUAUUGAAGCUGAAUUCGAUAAAAAUGCUUUAGAAUCUCCUGAAGAACGUGAAGCCGGUGAACGUGAACUUUAUGAACCGAUUGUUGCAGCUGCAAAUGCAGCCAAUGCUGCUGAUAUACACCAUAAUGAAUUAGACAUAAAUGAGUUCGUUAAACCAGAGGCUGGUCAGAUAGAUACAGACGAAUUAGACACAUCUGAGGCGGUAUUUAUCAAACAAUUUGUGUCAGAUAUCAGUUCAGAAGAAUUAGAUCGGUUGUUUUCUGAAGCACUUGGUGAACAUGAAAAUAUAUCACAGAAUAAGCGACGCAUGAGACCAGAUUUCAUUGAUUCUCGAAGAUUUAAUGACAUAAUUGAUGAUGCUGCAUGUAUUAAACAAGAACCAUAUUCUCCAAGUUCAUGGGCAAUGGGAAGUGAGUACGCGACGGAUGAUGAUGAAAGUAGUGAUAUCAUGAAUGAGGUUGGUACAACUUCAUAUUUGCCAAAUAAAGAAAUAGAACAUGAUGAUUUUGUGUUUAUCAGAAAAAAAGAGGGAUGAAGAAGCCGAUUACUGUUGUCUUCAUUUCACUUUCAUAUAUUUCACCGACAUAUAUAUAUAUACAUACAUUGCGCGCAUAUAUUACACAUUGUCUAUAUCAAACACAUUUUUUCUCAUUCUGCAUUACCAUUCAUUCAAUCAACGAAUCUAUCAGUCGAAUCCAAUCACUUUAAAACACGGACACAUUUAUCUUUACUUUCAGUUUUAAUGAUAAAUGCAAGAAGUAGCUAAGCGAAGGGAAAAUAUCACCACUACAAGCUGAAAUAACAAUUGAACAAUUAUUCAUUUAUGUGAAUCUAUCUGUGUGUGUGGAGCUAUGGGUGUCAGCGUGUGUGUGUGUGUGUGUCUUUUUUUCUUUCCCUAUUCCUUUGUAUAUAUGCAUUUAGAUUACCUCUUAUGGCUUUUCUUUUAAGAAGGAAAUAUUUCGGAAGACUGAAAUGAGUGAACAAAAGAAUAUUCUCCUCUUCUUCUUCUUCGUCAUUAGGUUUUACAGUUAUAAUAAAUGAAGAAUUAUUAACAAUACU